AUGCUUCACGCCAGUGAACAAAGAUUUGCACCAAUUGAUGUUGGACAAAAUGUUUUGAUGCCAAUUCCUUGUGUCGAUCGACCCAAGAUUGGACCACGAAAUUUGAUGGGAGUCGUCACAGCUGUAACUGAUGGUUUUUACUCGAUCGGGACACAAAAUGGGCAUCUUCGGCAAAAAUUCACUAGGAAUCAACUGGCUCCAUGUGGAGCUGAAUUCUUCUCGAACAAUUCAAUUCCGGACGGGGAGACAUCGUUGAGAACUGCUGUUGGGGCAGCAUCGAUCUCUGGGAGCCAAGGUCACGCUCAUUGCUUGUGUCUGAGCGGAUGUACGACCAAUGGAUGUGCUUGUCGAAAGAAGAGUCUACUUUGCAACUCGAGAUGCCACCAUGCAAGAAGUUGUACUAAAAAAAUGACGCUUUCAGUAACAUGCAUUAU